CCCGCUCCCCUAGCAGAGGCCUGGGCAGUGCGGGCGAGAGGGGCUCCCCAUCUGCCUCCCACUUCCGUGCGCGGCUCGCCCCAGGGGCCCUGCCCCGCUGGGCGCCUCCCGCUCCGCGCAGUAACAGCCCAGCGAAUAAGAGCAAGCUGCUGCUCGCCCCCCACCUGAGCCCCCCGGCGGCCGGACUCCGGGGGCCGACCCCCCACCUGGCUUCUCCGAGUCCCGGGCCCCGGCCCUCCCCCCGCCGUCUGGCUACUGACCCAGGGACGCUGGUGAGGCGAAGGCAGCGGCGGGCGCCCCGGGCAAGGGGCUGGGGGCAUGUUCGGGCGGCGCUGAGAGCGGAGCCCCCCGUCCUUCCCGGGCUGUGACAGGCGGGUGAUUUCUGCCUCCCCCCAAAUGACCCUGCGCUCUUUCGAGCCCUCGGAUGGCGCGGAGCGGGCCGGGACCGAGUGGCGGGGUCCCGGGGCUGAGGUGACCGAGCGGGCGGCGGCGGAGCACCUGGCCGCGGCCAUGGAGGAGUUGAGGCGGGCAGGGUGGUACUGGGGCAGUAUGAAUGUUGCUGAAGCCAAAGAGAGAUUACAAGAUACUCCUGAAGGUACUUUCUUGGUUAGAGACAGCUCCCAUUCGGAGUAUCUAUUGACUAUCUCGGUAAAAACAUCAGCUGGACCAACCAAUCUGCGUAUCGAGUAUCAAGACGGCAAAUUCAGACUGGACUCCAUCAUAUGUGUCAGAUCUCGGCUUAAACAAUUUGAUAGUGUGGUCCAUCUGAUUGAAUACUAUGUUCUUACAUGCAAGGAUAGAAAAACGGGGCCUGAAACUCCAUCAAAUGGAAUAGUGCAUCUUUAUUUGAACAAACCUCUCUAUACUUCAACUCCAUCUCUGCAACAUCACUGUAGAAUAACUAUAAACAAAUGUACAGAUAAGAUCUUGGAACUGCCUUUACCAGCAAGAUUAAAAGAGUACUUGAAAGAGUAUCAAUACCAGGGAUGGUCCAGGAAUCCUCCAUGGACAUCUCCAGGAAACUUUCAUGGAGGUACUCUGCAAUCCUUUGCAGAAGGUUUCUGGGAAGGGCUGCCUUAUUUUAUUCACCACAAUAGGACACUUUCCCGCACCACUCCAUUAUUCACUCUUCUGGCAUCAUUGCAGCACACAUCAUUGCAGCAUAAGGACCUGGUCUGCAUCCAGAUGCUUGCAGCAUCUGCUCUCUUGCUGCCUCUGUUACCCUCAGUGGGCGCAUCCUCCACACUGGGACAGAGACUUUCCCAGAUUAGAAGGUGGAAAAAGACGACUCGGGAAGACAUGUUUAAUGAGUUAAGGCGCACCUCCAAGAGUGACAAGAGAGCGCUCAGAGCAUGGAGGAUUACACUGUCUGAGAACCUGGACAUGGAGAGGGAGGACAGAAGAGCAUGCAGGGAACAAGAGCAUGCCAUACAGGAAGAGAUGCUGUGGAUUAUGAAGGAACAGACAUGUUGAGGUUCAAGAAAGGCAGCUGGAUGCUAGAGUCCCUCUGCAGCUUACGCUGAGCCUGCUGCUAUAAUCGCCCAGUUCUACAUCCUCCUCCCUAAAACAUCCUAUCAGGUGGGGUGCAAGGGAGUUCAGUAUCCCUUUCACUCAACACCAGUAUCGGAGGGGUAGCCAUGUUAGUCUGGAUCUGUAAAAAGCGACAGAGUCCUGUGGCACCUUAUAGACUAACAGA